UUUGUGCUGCUUUGGGGGCAACAAGAACAGAUAUUUCCUCAGGCAAAGCAGAUUUCCAAAUACAUUUUCUAUUCGUCUUAACGUACUCGGUACUCAAGCAACAAAUACCGUCGGUCAUCUGAAGCGACAACACCAUGGGUUCCAUUGAGCCUUCGAAGCCGGAUUACGAUGUGCUCGUCAUCGGAGCCGGUCUGUCUGGCUGCUAUGCUUGUUACAAGAUGCAGAACUUGAAUUUGAAAGUCAAGGUCCUGGAAGCUGGCUCAUCCGUCGGAGGCACAUGGUAUUGGAAUCGAUAUCCGGGUGCUCGCUUUGACUGUGAAUCGUAUACCUACGGAUUCUUCUGGUCACAGGAACUUCUGGACGAGUGGAAGUGGUCAGAGCACUUUGCACCCCAGGAAGAGACCGAACGCUACAUCCACUUUAUCUGUGACAAGUAUAAUCUAUGGCGGAACAUGCAAUUCGAUACGGUUGUCAGUAAAGCCCAUUGGGAUUCGGAAGGUCGCUACUGGAAACUCGUCGACGAAUCAGGGCAUGAAUAUACCUCGCGCUUCCUCAUUACCGGUCUUGGGCUUCUGAGUAAUCCUACACUGCCAAAUAUCCCAGGUGUGGAGGACUACAAAGGACAGGCGUUUCAUACCUCCCGCUGGCCGAAAACACCCGUCAACUUCGAGGGCAAGAGUGUCGGCGUUAUCGGCGUAGGAGCCACCGCUAUCCAAUUAAUACCAGAGGUAGCGAAGAUGGCCAAGAGUUUGACCGUCUUCCAACGUACACCAAACUGGGCAAUCCCAUUACAUAACUCUAAGAUCAGCGACGAGGAGAUGGAGACGAUUCGAAAAGGCUACCCAGAGUUAUUGAAGAAAAUUGACGGCAGUCGACUGAGUUUUAUGCAUGAUAUCGUUACCGACUCUAUCUGGGAAGCGACUCCUGAAGAAAGAGAGGCCUUCUGGGAGUUCUUGUACGCCCAGCCUGGAUUCGGAUUCUGGAUCUCGAACUAUAAGGAGGUCGGCGUCGACCUAAAAGCGAAUGCUCUGGUCAGUGAUUUCGUGGCAAAAAAGAUACGGCAACGUGUCAAGGAUCCGUGGACGGCCGACAAGCUCAUUCCCAAGACUUAUGGAUUUGGACUUCGGCGUGUGCCCAUGGAGACGUUCUUUUACGAAACCUUCAAUGAGCCACACGUUCGCCUUAUUGACCUCUUCGAGACACCCAUCCAGAGUAUUACUGAGGACGGAAUCAAGACGUCACAGGAAGACUUCAAGUUCGAUAUACUCAUCUAUGCAACCGGGUUCUCUGCAAUCACUGGAUCUUUCGAGGCGAUCGACUUCAGAGGGAACAACGACGUUCGCCUCAUUGACAAAUGGCAACAUGGUCCUCAGACUUAUCUCGGGUUGACUGUGCAGGAUUUCCCCAAUAUGUUCAUGUCAAUUGGACCGCAUCAAGCUUACGGCAACAUCCCACGAAGUAUCGAGUAUGCCGUCGGCUGGAUAUCAGACUGCAUCGAAUACCUGAGAGAACAUGACAUCACGUAUAUUGAAGCCAAGGAAGAAGGCGUGCGAAAAUGGACAGAACAUGUCCACGAACUCGGCAAAGACCUACUCAGCAACACGGUCGAUUCUUGGUUGACCGGUGUCAACAAGAAUGUUGCAGGCAAACAAGAGCGUAUUAUUGCACGAUAUAGCGGUGCCGCACCAGAAUUCCGAAGGCAGUGCAAUGAAGUCGCCGCGGUUCAUUAUGAAACUUUCAAGCUUGCAUGAACAGGACGUUCAGACUGAGAGUUACUCUUUCGCGGACAUGAACAGGAAUUUGCCUGUAGCUACAGCAAGCCAGAUA